CAGGGGAGGGUGGAGGACACCGGCUGCCCUGCCUCCAGUCUGCAUGUGAGCACACGGCGGAGCAGAGCAGACACACGGCAGCAGGAAGGGAGGCCACCAUCACAGUGCAACAAAGGGACGCAUGCUUCCUCCGAGGCUCCACAUCAAUAAAAGAUUGAGGGGCGUCUCGCGUGGAAAAGCCUUGCAUUCGUCCUCACCUUGAAGAAUAUAAAAGCACAACACAGUCAUGGAACUGGAGCAUUUUGAUGAGCGGGACAAAGCUCAGAGAUACACUCGAAGGGGCUCCAGAGGAAAUGGGCUUCCUAGUCCCACUCAUAGUGCUCACUGCAGCCUGUACAGAACCAGGACACUGCAAGCUCUGAUUUCGGAAAAGAAGGCCAAAAAGAUUCGCUUCUACCGCAACGGGGACCGCUACUUCAAGGGGAUUGUGUAUGCCAUAUCUGCAGAGAGGUUUGGGUCUCUAGACGCUCUCCUCGCUGACCUCACAAGGUGUCUGUCCGAUAAUGUCAACCUGCCUCAAGGAGUAAGAACCAUUUAUACCAUAGAUGGGGUCACCAAGAUUGCCUCUAUGGACCAGCUGGUGGAAGGAGAAAGUUAUGUCUGUGCAUCCAUAGAACCCUUCAAAAAGCUGGAUUACACUAAAAACGUGAAUCCCAACUGGUCCCAUGGCGCCAAAACGCCCGGGUCUGUCCGAGAUCCUCCUUUUCUUGGCAGCACCAAAACCGGAUCUCUGGAAACCAGAGAGACCAAAGAUUUCAUCAGACCCAAGCUGGUUACGAUUGUUCGCAGUGGAGUCAAGCCUCGCAAAGCGGUGCGGAUCUUGCUGAACAAGAAAACCGCUCACUCGUUUGAGCAGGUCAUGACCGACAUCACAGACGCCAUCAAGCUGGACUCUGGAGUGGUCAAAAGGCUGUACACCGUUGAUGGGAAAAUGGUCACUUGUCUGCAAGACUUUUUUGGGGAAGAUGACAUAUUUAUUGCUUGUGGGCCGGAAAAAUUCCGCUAUCAAGAUGACUUUAACUUGGAUGAAACUGAAUGCAGAGUGGCCAAGUCUUCCUCAUAUGGACGGAUCUCCUCAAUGCAAGGUCGCUGUUCCCCCAAAAGUGGAGGCUUUUCCCGCAGAAGCAAAUCCCCGUCAUCCCCUGGUUCAGUUAACGGCAACGCAGGCAGUCAGCUGUCAACCCCUCGCUCGGGGAAAUCUCCAAGCCCCUCCUCGACCAGCCCAGCUAGCCUUAGAAGACGGCAGGGAUCCCCCUACAGCGGCUCUUCACUCUCACUGGCUUCCACCAAGAUCUGCAGCUCCAUGGAUGACGAUGGGUCCGGGGUUGAAGCUGAGACAAUAGAUGAGUGCUCCUCAGUUCCCGCCUCCAUCGCAGAGCGGUACAAGGUGGGGAGAACUCUGGGGGACGGGAACUUUGCGGUGGUCCGGGAGUGUGUGGAGAGAUCCACGGGAAGAGAGUACGCUCUCAAAAUCAUCAGCAAAGAGAAAUGCAAAGGAAAGGUGAGAGUUUGUAAAUGUGAAAAACGGUGUUUCAUCUUAUCUGAUACUGAACAAGUUUCAUCUGGCCCCGCCCCUCAGGAGCACAUGAUCCAGAGUGAAGUAGCCAUCCUCCGGCGUGUGAAGCAUCCAAACAUCGUACUUUUAAUCGAGGAAAUUGACACCUCCAGCGAGCUCUAUCUUGUGAUGGAACUAGUUAAGGGGGGAGAUCUCUUUUACGCCAUCACCUCCUCCAAUAAAUACACGGAGCGAGAUGCCAGCUGUAUGCUGUUCAACCUGGCCAGCGCCAUCAAGUACCUUCACAGUCUGAACAUUGUUCACAGAGACAUCAAACCAGAGAAUCUGCUGGUGUAUGAGCAUCAGGAUGGCAGUAAAUCUUUGAAGUUGGGCGAUUUCGGUUUGGCUACCAUCGUCAACGGACCGCUCUACGCCGUGUGCGGCACGCCGACCUAUGUGGCGCCAGAGAUUGUGGCUGAAACUGGAUAUGGCCUCAAAGUGGAUGUUUGGGCCGCUGGUGUCAUCACUUACAUACUACUCUGUGGAUUUCCCCCUUUCCGCAGCAUUGAUGAUGAUCAGGAAGUUCUCUUUGAGCAGAUUUUAAAAUGCCAGUUUGAUUUCCCCUCACCGUACUGGGAUAAUGUCUCUGAUGCUGCAAAGGCUCUCAUCAUGGGGAUGCUGCAGGCUUCAGUGGAUCAAAGGUACACCGCUGCACAAGUGCUCGAUCACCCUUGGGUCAAUGGUGAAGGUGUGGACGGAGUGUCGGAGAAAGAUCACCAGCUUCUUGUGGCGGGAAAACUUAGGAAGCAUUUUAACUCUGGACCUAAGAGCAGCAGCACGUCAGCAGGAGUGUCCGUGAUCACAGACAGGGACCAGAAGUCAGGGUCUGUGGACCACUGCCAGCAUCCAGGAUUGUGCUGGAUCAGACCACAUCACUUGAUAAAGAGAAGCAAGUUUUCAGACGAAGACGCCACCAGGAUGUGAAUCCGGCCCUCGGCCUCCCGCAGCAGGACGUGGAUGACCCCGUCCUGUCCCCCGCAGACUCUGAAGACCUUUCCUUGAGUUCUGGGGACACGGUCCGCUCCCCCACGUCCCCGUUUUAACCACUUCUCUGGGGGUGCACAAAAAUAAGUCAUGUGGCACAGCUUGUUGAUUUGGACCUCGGGAUAAAAAAUGGUUUUCACUAUUUGCACGACAGUUUUUUUUUUGUUGAAGCUCUGUUGACUAGGGGUGGGUGUAUCGAUCUGAGUAUCAAUACUAGCGUGAUGAGAUGGACACUUUUGGCGCAGUUUUUCUUCAAUACGUACGGUAAAGAGCUUAGAUUUAAAACUUUUGGAGUUCAAGCAAGUGCAUUGGCUCUAUCUGUAUGCAGUGUUGCCAGAUCGGGUAAAAAGCAGCCAAAUUUCAGUAACCCAAUUUGUGCAAGAAACUGCCCGAUCUGGCAACACCCCUCCCACCCUGCUUCAUCAGAGUGGAUUGUUUCAUUAAAGAGUCAAUGGUAGGAUUUUCUGUUGUGUUGUUCACAUUUUUAUAUUUAUUGCAGUGUUGCUUUUAUUUACUUUUUCCUCUAUUACUUGUUUUUCUUUUUAAAAAUAUGGUUAUGGUGCUUUUAUACUUACAUUUUUUGCCUUUUUUUUCUCUAGUUUCUUCUCAUUAUAAUGGUUUUGUGCCAAUAUUAAAAUACAUUUCUAUAUGUAAUAUAUGAAGGCUGUAAAAGACCCUUUUCCUGACGACAUCAGACAAUAGUGUGUAAAGUGACUUCCGGUUUAUGGGUCUAACCAGCAAAGUUGACAACUGACAAUUUAACUUAAAUAAUAAAGUGUAACCUUACAAGUUGUGACGGAAAAUUGUAAAAUUUUUAUUUCAGAAAUGUCCUACCUAAAUAUAAUUAUUUCCCCACUCUUAGAUCGUUCACAAAUCAAAAUAUAAAUGUGUGAUAUUCUCCAGUAUUGGAGGCUCUAUUAAAAAUAUCAUUGGAGUAGAUAUUAUUCUAACGGUUUCUAUUUUAUUUGCUCGUAUUUCUAAGUGCGAUUAAGAACAAAAGCUGAUGGAAAUUCAUGAUGCUCAUUGCUGCAUGUCUGCACACAUUUUAAUUGCACCCCAGGCUAAAUGUAGUCGUGGUUUAACAGGGUAUUUUAGGGGCUAAUUGUAAAAACAGGAAUAGUUUGGUGUGUAUUUUCAGCUUUCAAAUAAAAAAGUUCAGCACUGGCUGUUCAGAUUUAGAAAAUUACACGCAAAUAGUCGCCUUCAUGUUUUUGGCAACAGUUUCCAACUCAUUUGAUCCAUUUUUACCUUUAUUUUCCCGCAUAUCGCUCAUGGUUAUGAAAAAUAAACGGGAGCAACACUAGAACCACGGCUGAGAGAACAGCGGCUCAAUGACCGCAGUAGAAAACUGCAGUAGUAAUUAGUUUUACUUUAAUGUGAGACAGGAUUAAAUUGUCUGACUUUUGCUCUGUUUACAUUAAUUUCGUGAACAAUUUAGGCAACUUUUAACUAGUCAGAAAAGAUCAUUUGCAGCUCCAAGUCUCAUCCCAAAGCUUCUAGCAUUAGCAUAAAUUAGCAGAAUAAAAUCUUGAUUACCUACAUAAUCAAACAAGUAAAAUUCAAUGAAGCUCUUGAAACCUUUGGAAAUGAUCCACAACUUGUUUAAUUUAAUUUGGGGAAGCAGCUGGUCAGGGGAGGACAUUUGUACUUUGAUUUGUGAACGAUCUAAGAGAGGAAAACAAAAACAGUAUGCUAGGAAAUUUAAAAAAAUAAAUAUUAUAAAAAUGUUCUGUUCCAAUUGGUAAGGCUACCUUUGAUCAUUCACGUAAAAUAGUGUUAAACAGCGUUAGUUUUCCAUUUUGCCGGUCUAAACCCGUAAACCAGAAAUAACUUCAUGUCGCCAUUUUGUAUGAUGUCACGUAAAAAGGGUCUAUUUAGCUAAUAAUGAUUUUUAUUUGCUGAAACUCUCUAUCCUGUGUUUUUUAUACGCUUAAUUAACAAACAAAAAUGUUUAUUUCCGAAACUGUUCUAUAAUACAACAUUUCUAGCAAUUCAAUAAAUUCACGUGUCUAUAUCUGUGAUUCUAGCCCUGUAAUUACUUAGUAUUGGAUUAAUACUCAGAUUCCCAGUAUUGCCCACCCCUACUGUAGACUGACAUUAGUUUUGUCUUUCAUCUGAUAUUCAUGCAGCUCUUUCUCUCAGCUUUGAUCAGAAACAUGAUGUCUUUACAUAACUUCUUAAAAAAAAAGAUAAGAAUAUUAUUCAUAUUUUCCUAAAAUUUUAUGUUAGAACCUGUUUGUUGGUUCUUGUGACUAAAUAACUUUUUAUUUUGUUGUGAUAACUUCACAUUGCCAAUGAAAAAGCAUUUGAAAUAUGUAUUCUUUUCUGAAAACACCCAAUGUUCGGCAUUAUUCAGUACUCUGGCGACCUCUGGUGGUAAAUCCUAAGUACUGCAAGAAAAUGGCAUUUUAAAUUUGGUUCACAAGUAUUGGACACAUUAUUUUUAUUAAAACAUAAGCAAUAGAAAGAAUAACGCUGCCACAUAAAUGGAAUUUCAAACAGAUUCUCUUUCACAGUAACAUACUUCCAAAAACAUUUUGGACACUACGACUAAAGAUGAUCAGAACUUCUUUGUUACGUGUUUGUGAGAAUGGCUGUGAUUGUCAAAUUAAAUAAAUGUGUAGUAGUUAAUAAAUAUGGCCUUGACUUGGCACACAUGGACUUUAAGUGCAAUUAGGAGUUUUGUUCAGUGAGGAUUAGGGUUUUAAAUGCAUGACAGAAAAUGUUGACAAAUAGAAACAGGCUGAUGGCACAUUUACACUCUCCCAUUAAAAUGAGUAUUUUAGUAUUAAUUCAACAGUGCUUCCAAUCACUAUUAUUAUUUUUGUUUUUUAAAUAUCUGACUGAGGAAAUAAAGGUAACCAUUUCUUUUCACUAUACUCUUGUUUAGCAGGCCAAAUACUCACAAAUACAAAUACUGUAACCUGCAUGCUUGACAAACAAUACAUCUUUUUUAUAUAUUUUACUGCUGGAUACACAAGAAUUACUGUUUCCAUCAUCCACUCUGUUUUUAAUGAAAAUCUGUUCUGGUAAACAUUUGCGUUCCUG